AUGCAAGGUGUUUCGUCAGCUUUGUGAUUACAUCAGACGUGAUCAACAGGGACAACUCUCCGUGAAUGGGUAAAUACUUCACAAGCUCGUCAGAAUUCCAGGUGUGAAGCCAGACUCACGCAUGCACGCACACACACACGUAGGCACUCACCAACGUUUACUCAGACACUCGCCCAGCCAAACCGGACUCACCCACUCGUUCACUUCCUCCAAAGCUUGAUAUCACGCCGGAUGUUACAUUUUAACUCCAUUUAUGUCAAAAUAACUUGUGCGGUCAAUUUCAAAUAUAUUCUGUCAUUUUUGUCGGUGUCAUCGUCAAGUCGACACAUCACACCGACACUUGAUUCAAGCUAGUGGAUAGUUGCUUAGAGAGGCAACAGUAUACGUGACACCGAGGGCCUGGGAACAAACCAGGAGGUAGAUCAUGUGGACCUGACACUGCAAGCAAUGUUAUCACCACAUCCACACAGUCGCCAAACAGACGGAGGAGCACAUGUUCUAGGUCGUCUAUAUUAUUCUGUUCAUUGUCGUCGGAUGGGAUGAGGUAUCCUUGGUCUCUGUUGAUUGACUGUGUUUCAGGUUGAGCACCCAUCAUUCCAUGAUGUGGGAUUCAGCACGUGGGCUGAUUGCUGCAACAGUCUGGGUCCUCCUCGUGUGGCAGUCGUCAUGUCAUCAUCCUAAACUGAAAGGAAGAAUGACGGCUACGAACACUUUCAGGUUACGAUGUACAAAAACAGGCGGUUGGGGCAUCACAGGACUGUUUUCAGUCUACUGGUACCGAAAUGACACCCUUGUAUUCGAAACAUACAAACGGAUCAGAUCAUAUGUACACAUCCUGGACAAUAGCUUUGAAAAAUCCGUUCAUCUGAAUAUGGCUUGGAGGACCCACACUGUGACCGUUUCUCAUGUGCACGAAGGCAUGUCUAUAUGGAGGUGCAACAACAACAAGGACACAGCCACUUGGAGCAAACCAAUUAAACUGUCAAGUAAUACAGCAGGUGUUACACCUUUCACUCCUAUUACGCAAACCCCUUUUGAAGGAAAUGUUACGCUAAAUGUCUAUCCAGACAAGAUCUUCGAUGAUGGCAAUCUUACUGUAAGCUGCACAGUGGAGACUGGAGGACAGUUCAACAUUUCCAAUAUGGUUUGGCUUCAAAACUCUGAAGAAAUCUUCGUGACCUUCAGUAACGGAAGUCAUCUCGUCUUGGACAACUCCACCAAGCCUGCUGUGAUGGAUGUGACACAGAGCUACAACCAGCACAACGUAACCAUGGUAGCCAGUCUCUAUGACGCUAUGAAUGGCACUGAAUGGACAUGCGGAAUCCCAGUGUUUUCGACAAUGAGUAACACUGUGUUCAUACAGGUCUUGGAACCAACAGGGAAUGUCAGCUUGGAUGUGUACCCAGGGGAGGUACAGAAGGGUACAGGCUAUUCUUUAUCUUGCACAGUGAAGACGGAGGACCCUGUACGUGCGUCACCUAUGACAUGGCGUCAGAACUGCGAAGAAUACAUUGUGACCUUCGGUAACGGAAGUUAUGACAUUGUCGGCAAUUCGACCUCUACUGUUAUUGGUGAGAUCAAAGCGAGUAACAGUCAACACAAUCUAACUCUUUUGGCUAUCAACGAUGAUUCGAAGUCUACGACAUGGACUUGUGGAAUUGAAAAGUGGCAAUGGUACAGCAACAACGUAUCAAUAACGGUGCGGAAACACUUUUCGACAACCCCGGGUGUGACAGGUUCACCACCGACGUCAGACAGCAACAAGGGACAUCAGUCUGUAGAAGACAGAACACAGCUGUACACCAUCCUUGGGUGCACCGUCGGCGCAGUUGCUCUGACUGUCGUCAUCUUUGUCAUCGUCAUCAGAAAUCGAAAGAAGGCAGGUGAAAUUAAAGAACAAAGGGGACCAGGACACGAGAGUGCACCGUGCGUUGAAGAUGCAGAUGUUUUAGAAAUGAAGGAUAAUGUUAUAUAUGAAUCCAGCCCAAAUGACAAACAAGAUGAUGAAAAAGUGAUGGCGGACACCGUGCUGUAUGAGUCCAGCCCGGCUGACGGCCAGGAUGUAGACAGGGACAAAGUGAUGGCGGACAACGUGCUGUAUGAGUCCAGCCCGGCUGACGGCCAAGAUGUAGACAGGGACAAAGUGAUGGCGGACAACGUGCUGUAUGAGUCCAGCCCGGCUGACGGCCAAGAUGUAGACAGGGACAAAGUGAUGAAGGAGAACGACUUGUACGAAUCCACCCCGACUGACGUCCACCACGAUGACAACAAAGGCAGUAGCGACGGAGACAACGGCAGCAACGUCGGCUCUGGAGCAACCUAAAGCGUGAAGUCGGUAAACAGUUGCAGCCCGAAAUGCAUCAGGUUGGGGUAUAUGUCGGUGCCUGAGUCUACCACAAAUCAAAUUCACUAUUAUCAAGUACUGGUUGGGGCUUGCUUUCAGUAACGGCAGGUCCGUAUCUAGGAUGGGAUAAUCAGGCAACAUGCCUAGCUGCUCUCCUGGGUCUCGAUCCACAAAGCGUUCCUAACGUUACGACCUGUGGUAACUCUAUACCUUCAGUUUGUCAUAAACUUACGAAUGUCGUAGCACCUGACAUUAGAACUUGAAUGUUAUGCUUCAUUUCAACUCUAAUCACCACGAUAUCCCAAUAGAAUAUAUUAGAAAUGUGUCUAGCCAAUACACCGCAAAAGUGGCAAUGUGUAUACAUGCACUAUUAAACAAGUAGGAGAUAUCCAAUAAAAAGGGUUGUACAACUAUUGAUAUUUAAAUAUAUCUUUAAUGAGAUAAAUAGUUUAACAGUGUAACAGGGAGAUUUGUUUUAGACGUUGAAUAUCAGUGAAGCUCAUCUCCAAUUUGAAAGUACAUUGACCGCGUUUUGUAACACAGUCGUUCUGCUGAAAUGGUCUUGUGCACCAGUUGACGAUCUUGGGAGACCAGAUCGACAUUAUUCUGUCGAUAUAGUGACUGUAAUCUGCUAAUUACUGACAGUCAAUGUGUUUUCUAGGUGCUGGUGACACAAUGCCAACAUGACAAUUGCUCGUUGUCGUUCCCGACGUGACAGACGCCGGAUGUCAAAAACAGUUAAAUUGAGUUUAGAUAAAUUUCAGAACAACUUCCAGUUUAUCGUUUAUCACUAAAAUGCAUCACACCGACACAGUUCACUAUAAAUUUCGAGUUUUACUCCGACGAUAUUCAAGCGAACAUCAUGAGAAACGCUUGCAUGUUCCAAAAUGCUAUCACCACCAGUGAGUUUACAUUUCCGCCACUUUUAGCAAUAUUCCAUCAAUAUCACGGCGGGGAGACCAGAAAUGGGCCUCACACAUUGUACCCAUGUGGGUAAUCGAACCGGGUCUUCGGCAUGACGAGCGAACGCCUUAACCACUGGGCUACCCCACCGCCCCUUUUUACUAGUAUAUAUAACAUCCCUGACCCACAACAAGUAAAUAGGAAUCAGAUGUUCCCCAAUCUUCAGGGCGGAACGAGACAUGCGAGACCUAGGAUUGGGUGAUGCUGUGUAAGAAUGUAAUGCUGUUGUAAAUAUUCAUCCAUCCAGUAAUUAGAACUCACCACAUUUUGCAAUAUUCAGAGCUGUCCUUUUCAGCAAGAUGUCUUAUGCUGAAUGUAUACACGGAUCUGGUUAAGUAGGGGGCACUUGAUGCGGAA